ACUGCACGAGAAGAAGAACUCACGGAAGCACAUGGUAACCAGGGUAGAAGUGUGUUCAUCUCACACAACUCAUCUGAAUAUUUACAGUUUUCUUUUGGUUCAGUCUUCUAACAUUGGCACCGGAGGUUAAACGUGUUGUUUAGUUAUUAUUUUAACGUUUGUUUGCUGACGUGCAGCAGCGAAGUCUUAAUUCACUUCCAUCAUGGUUCGACAAAAAAGAGUUAAACAACCACGGAGACCGAAGAAGACAGAGCAAUAUGAUGAAGAUGAUCCUGAAGCCUACAAGAACAUGCCUGUCCCUGAUAAGAAAUCAUCACAGUACACCAAGGACAAAAUCGAUCAGUUUCACGACGAGAAGAUUGCAAAUCUUCUCGCCCGUGGCGUUCAAAUGGAAAGCGAUGUGGAGGAAAUGGACGAUGAGGAGGAAGUGAUGCCUCUGGACGAUUCUGAGUCUGAGGAAGAGGAGGAGCUGGAGGAGGAAGAGAAUGAGGACAUGGAGAGCGAUUUAGAGGAGAAAAAAGAUGAAGACCUUCCUAAUGAACUGGCGUGGGGCAAGAAGAAGAAGAUGUUCUACGACUCUGAUUACGUGACCACCAAAGGGAAAUCACAAGAAGAGUUGGAGGCUGAGGAACAAGAGGAAGAAGAGGAGGCGAAAAACAUCCAGAAACGUUUGGCUGCAAAUCUGAGCGAGGAGGAUUACGAUCUAAACUUUUUUCAGGAGUUUGCAGUAGAGGAGAAGGAUGAAAAGAAGACCAUAGAAAAAGAGGAGAGGAUUGUGAAAGACCUAAAGCAGAUGUCUCAGAAGGAAAAAAUGAAGCUUCUGAAGAAGGAAUCACCAGAGCUGCUUGAACUUAUUCAGGACUUCAAGACAAAGCUGACUGAACUGAAGGAUGAGCUGCAGCCCCUCAUGCAGAUGGUGAAGGAUGGAAAGAUCCCACCAGGAAAGGGUGCUGGCUACCUCAAGACAAAACAGCAGCUUUAUCUGAAUUACUGCACAAACAUCAGCUUUUACCUGGUGCUGAAAGCAAAACGAAUUCCUGCUCAUAACCACCCUGUGAUCGAAAGGCUGCUCACCUACAGAAAUCUCAUCAAUGAACUGGGAGCAGUGGAUGCUCGGCUUGCACCACAGUUUCGCAAACUGCUGGCUGGUGAGGAGAAAGAUAAGGCACCUGGGAGGCCAGCAGAGAGCAAGAAGACCAGAGUCUCCAGUAAGAAGGAAAAGGACUCUGGAGAAACUCUGCCUGAGGUCGAGGAGGACUCGGACUCCGACCUGGACGAGGAAGCCGCUUUGCGUUUCUACAAAGACAUGGAGGAGCGAGUGAAACUGAAGAGAAAGAGCGACGACGCAGGAGCUGAAGAGUUGGCGGAGAAUGACAGUGAGGAGGAGGAGCUGGAUCCAGAUGCUAAGAGAGGAAUCACUUACCAGAUGGCCAAGAACAAGGGGCUGACACCAAAGAGGAAGAAAAUUGACCGUAAUCCCAGAGUCAAGCACAGAGAGAAGUUCAGACGGGCCAAAAUCCGCAGAAAGGGACAGGUCCGGGAUGUUCGUCGGGAGGAGACGAGAUACAGCGGAGAGAUGUCUGGUAUUCGUGCUGGUGUCAAGAAGAGCAUCAAACUUAAGUAACCAAGACAGAGUCCAAAAUAUAAAGCCAGGUGUAGCUAUGGGAUGGAAAAAAUACAGAUGGACUGUACUUGUAAAUGUUUAUUAUAGGUGACAUAUCACAGAACUGUUCAACCAGUAGUCAUUGUUGUAGAAAAGACAUAAAAAUGUCCUGGGGUCCUGCACAGUGAAUAAACAUUUUAUAAACUGUCGAUAA